CUGGGGCGAGCCCGCCCCUCUAACUGUGAGCCGAGGGGCCGCGGGAGGCAGGCGCUGUGCUGCUCGCCCCGUCCAGCUCCGGUCUCCGAUGCCAUAGCGGGCGGGCAGCGCAAGGAGGGACCCGCCAGUAGGUUAGGAGUUUGCCCACAGUCAUUUGACUUCGAGUACUGUUCUCCUCGCACCAAGGAACAGCAGUCGUCUUGUUUGACAGCAGCCGUGUGUGUGGGGGGCCAGAGGGGAGGAGAAUGGUCCCGUUCUUUAGCAUCGGUGUAAGAAGCAGAAAGAAACACUCUGUUUUCUGCUACAGUGGACACUGAUGAAGUCCCAGCUAAAAGACCAAGAUUAGAUUGCUUCAUUCACCACGUGAAAAACAAUUUCUACAAUGUUGCGAGUUUGUUUAGAUUGCCGUUACAGCUGACCACAAAACCCAUGGUGUCUUCUGCGUGUAAUGGAACACGGAAUGUGGCCCCUUCAGGAGAGGUAUUUUCGAACUCUUCGUCUUGUGAACUGACGGGUUCUGGAUCCUGCAACAGCAUGCUGAAACUGGGUAAUAAAUCUCCUAAUGGAAUUAGUGACUAUCCAAAGAUCAGAGUGACAGUGACCCGAGAUCAGCCACGCAGAGUCCUGCCUUCUUUUGGUUUUACAUUGAGAUCAGAAGGCUAUAAUAGAAGACCAAGUGGCCGUCGCCAUAGCAAAAGCAAUCCAGAGAGUUCCUUAACAUGGAAACCUCAGGAGCAGGGUGUAACAGAGAUGAUCUCUGAAGAGGGUGGCAAGGGUGUGAGGCGGCCCCAUUGCACUGUGGAGGAGGGUGUCCAAAAGGAUGAAAGAGAAAAAUAUCGAAAGCUGUUGGAGCGACUUAAAGAAGGUGGUCAUGGAAGCACUCUGCCUCCUGUCGCUUCACAUCACAGUUCUCAGAGAAGUCAGAUGGAUACAUUAAAGACCAAAGGCUGGGUGGAGGAGCAGAGUCAUGGAGUCAGAACAACCCACUUUGUUCCAAAACAGUACAGAGUUGUUGAAACAAGGGGACCUCUCUGUUCAAUGAGAAGUGAGAAGAGGUACUCAAAGGGAAAAGCUGAUACAGACAAGAUGGUGGGGCUCCGCCUAGAAAAGGAAGGUACAAGGGGACACCAACUGGAGCCCGACCUGUCCGAAGAAGUCUCUGCCCGGCUUCGCCUUGGAAGCGGAAGCAAUGGCUUACUCAGGAGGAGAAUGUCAGUGCUCGAGGCAAAGGAGAAGAGCUUCCCUAGCAGAGAGAAGGAGAGAAGAGCAGAACUCUCUGAACUUACAGAGGACAUGGAAAAGGAAAUCAGUAAUGCCCUGGGCCAUGGACCACCAGAUGAGAUCCUAAGCAGCGCUUUCAAAUUGCGAAUUACCCGAGGAGAUAUCCAGACCUUAAAGAACUAUCAGUGGCUCAAUGAUGAGGUCAUUAAUUUUUACAUGAAUCUUUUAGUGGAAAGGAGUAAAAAGCAAGGCUAUCCAGCACUUCAUGCAUUCAGUACAUUCUUCUAUCCUAAAUUAAAGUCUGGGGGUUACCAAGCAGUGAAAAGAUGGACCAAAGGGGUAAAUCUCUUUGAACAAGAACUUGUUCUGGUACCUAUUCAUCGGAAGGUGCAUUGGAGCCUGGUGGUAAUGGACCUAAGAAAAAAGUGUCUUAAAUAUCUGGAUUCUAUGGGACAAAAAGGCCACAGGAUCUGUGAGGUUCUUCUUCAGUAUUUGCAGGAUGAAAGUAAGACCAAAAGAAAUACAGAUCUCAAUCUCUUAGAGUGGACCCACUACAGCAUGAAGCCACAUGAGAUUCCUCAACAGUUGAAUGGGAGUGAUUGUGGAAUGUUUACUUGUAAAUAUGCAGAUUAUAUUUCUAGGGACAAACCUAUCACAUUUACUCAGCACCAGAUGCCUCUCUUCCGGAAGAAGAUGGUGUGGGAAAUCCUCCACCAGCAGUUGCUGUGACAGUGCCCUGCCCUGGGUCUUCUAGCUGCUGGUGGUUCUUUCAUGGAUGUUUCCAUAUACCUCAUGCAUUAUGGGUUAAAAGUCCCCGUAUCAUUUCUGUUCUUUCACAGGUACUGGGCUAUCAAGAGUGCAUGAAGGCCUCUCC